CCCCCCUCCUCCCGCUGCUGACGUCAGCGGGGCUCUGCAAGCGGCGGGGCGGCGCGCGCCGCUGCUGCAGUUCUGCGGGAGGCGCGGCGCGAGCGCGGGCUGGAGAUGGCGUCCGCUACCGACUCCCGCUAUGGGCAGAAGGAGUCCUCGGACCAGAACUUCGACUACAUGUUCAAGAUCCUCAUCAUCGGCAACAGCAGCGUGGGGAAGACCUCGUUCCUCUUCCGGUACGCCGACGACUCCUUCACGCCCGCCUUCGUCAGCACCGUCGGCAUCGACUUCAAGGUCAAGACCAUCUACCGGAACGACAAGCGCAUCAAGCUGCAGAUCUGGGACACGGCCGGGCAGGAGCGGUACCGCACCAUCACCACCGCCUACUACCGCGGGGCCAUGGGCUUCAUCCUGAUGUACGACAUCACCAACGAGGAGUCCUUCAACGCCGUGCAGGACUGGUCGACCCAGAUCAAGACGUACUCGUGGGACAACGCGCAGGUCCUGCUGGUGGGGAACAAGUGUGACAUGGAGGACGAGCGCGUGGUGUCGGCGGAGAAGGGCCGCCAGCUCGCCGAGCACCUGGGCUUCGAGUUCUUCGAGGCCAGCGCCAAGGACAACAUCAACGUCAAGCAGACCUUCGAGCGGCUGGUGGACAUCAUCUGCGAGAAGAUGUCGGAGUCGCUGGACACGGCCGACCCCGCCGUCACCGGCGCCAAGCAGGGCCCCCAGCUGACGGACCAGCAGGCCCCCCCGCACCAGGACUGUGCCUGCUAGGGCCCCCCCACCACCACCCCGGUCGGUGCACGUGUGUCCCCCCCUCCCCAGCACCUCCUUUUUUUUCCCCCCAGGGGGGGCUUUUUGCUGCUGAUACCUCGCAGGCUCCCAAAGGGUUGGAGCCUGCCCUUUUC